GUCAACGUCAGUUGUCAAUCACGCAAGUCGAGGAGGAGGACCCAAACAGAAAUUAAAAUUCAAUCCCCACCACGGAAUUCAGCUUUCACCAUGGCCACUGCAAUGUUCGCGCGGGUGACGUUCUAUCCCACCUUAUUAUACAAUGUGGUCAUGGAAAAGGUGACCAGCAGACGCUGGUACGACCGAAUGGAUGACACCGUAAUCCUAGGAGCAUUACCUUUCCAAAAUAUGACUAAACAGUUGAAAGAUGAGGAAAACAUGAAAGGCGUAGUUUCAAUGAAUGAGACAUAUGAAUUGAAAAUAUUCUCCAAUGAUGCAGAGAAAUGGCGGGAGCAAGGCGUGGAAUUUCUUCAGCUAGCCACUACAGACAUAUUUGAAGCGCCCGACCAGGACAAACUAUACGAAGGCGUGACUUUUAUAAAUAGGUUCCUGCCAGCAGACCGCAAGCUGUCAGGAGUGCCGACUGACAAUGAGCAGAUCAACAGCGGCUCGGUGUACGUGCACUGUAAGGCGGGGAGAACACGCAGCGCCACGCUUGUGGGCUGCUAUCUUAUGAUGAAAAACGGCUGGUCUCCCGAAGAAGCCGUGAAGUACAUGCGGUCCCGGCGGCCCCACAUCCUUCUGCACACGAAGCAGUGGGAGGCGCUAGACAUAUUCCAUAGACAACACGUUACCAGGACAUAAGGUUGAAUAACACCGUAAAUUAAUAUAACCUGCCUGUUAUAUAUUAGGUAGCAAAAAGGUCGUAGAAUACGUAUCAAUUUGGAAAGGUAUCGUUGCCGUAUGAAACUCGAAUAUCUUUCUCCCGCGGUUUCACCCGCAUUCCGGGGGAACUUCUUCCGGCAUCUGGAUAAAAAGUAGCUUAUGUUAUAAUGUUUUAUAAGCUAUAUAACUGCCAAGUUAAACUAGUACCUAAGUGAAGUGUAACUUUCCGAAUUGAUAUGUAUGCUACGACCCUAAUAUUGAUAAUAUUGACAUUGUACUGCCCUAUGAUAUAAACUUCCAGAAUUGUAUUUGGAUGUAGCUUAAAUAUUUAAUCUGUUUUUCACAGUACAUUUGUAUAAUGUGGACCGCCUAUUAAUGCCUGACAUCUGUAAAUCGCAUAAUAAUAAUUUACGUUAUCUUCAAUUUACCUCUAUAAAUUAUAAGCAAUAUUAAUGACAUUUACAAUCCAACUUUUGUGGUUUUUUGAAAUAUUUAUUUGUACGCACGGUACUCGUAGCGGAACAACAUUCACACAUACCAAAAUGGUUACCUCCAAAGUUAAGUAAGAAUAGAUUUAUAUUCCACAAACUAUUCAGUUCAUUUAUGAAAUACUAGCUGGUGCCCGCGACUUCGUCUGCGCAGGUUUAGUAUUUCGAACAAUAUGUUUACAAAUUGUAGCCUAUGUGUUAUUCUGAUGUAUAAGCUAUAUUAUUGUAAAGUUUCAUUAAAAUC